AUGGAGAAGAUCUUAGCAUCCAUGUUGCUUCUGCUUGUUGCUGUUUCCUGUACUUUGGCUGCAGACAGUACUACUGCUAAGAAUGGGAAAAAGGACACAAAAGGAGCAAAAGAGACCCAUCCCAAACUACCCCAAACUCUCUCCAGAGGCUGGGGUGAUCAACUGAUCUGGACGCAGACUUAUGAAGAGGCUCUCUUUAAAGCCAAGAACAACAACAAGCCCAUCAUGAUUAUUCACCACUUAGAAGACUGUCCGCAUAGUCAAGCACUGAAAAAGGCAUUUGCUGAACACAAAGAAAUACAGAAACUGGCUGAAAAGUUUAUUCUCAUCAACCUUGUUUAUGAAACCACAGACAAGCAUCUCUCACCAGAUGGCCAAUAUGUUCCCAGAAUCCUGUUUGUAGAUCCUUCACUGACAGUAAGAGCAGAUAUUACAGGAAGAUAUUCCAACCGCCUCUAUGCUUAUGAGCCUUCAGAUAUUGCAUUAUUGUACUCAAAUAUGCAGAAAGCUCUGAAGCUUUUGAAGACUGAAUUGUGAAGAAAGAGAACAGAUACACUCUCGAGUCUUCCUUAAGACCUCAGACAGUUCUUACCCAUGGGAACAUACAAGUUGGCUAUGGAUAUGCAGAUCAAAGACCUAUACUAUCCAAAACUUCCAACAGGAAAACUGUGUUACACUCAUUUGUAACUGUGUGGUAUUAAGUAUUGAUUGCUUUUAUAGAAAACACUGUGUGCUCUUUUCUAUAAAUCAGGAUUA